CGACUGCUGUGAGACUGGGGAAAACAGGUUGAAGCCGACAAUUCCAGCAGCGCAUAAUCCCCAUCCCAGUGCUUCCCACCUGCUGCCGCCGAGGCGAUCUUGGCCGUCAAUAGCUACGAUGAGGGCGUUUCUCCCGCUGCUGUCGCUGGCCGCCGUGGCCCGGGCCCUCUACUUCUACAUCGAUGUCACGAGCCCGAAAUGCUUCUACGAAGAGCUCCCUAAGGACACCCUGGUGGUGGGCCAUUACACGGCUGAGGAGUGGGACGACCACAGGCACGCCUGGCAAAGGCACGACGGCAUCACCAUCUACAUCUCUGUCGACGAGAUCUUCGACAACGACCACCGGGUCGUCUCCCAGCGGGGCGGCUCGACCGGCAAGUUCACCUUCACGGCGGCCGAGGCGGGCGACCACAAGAUCUGCUUCACGCCGUCCUCCAACAGCGGCCGGGCCAACUGGCUGUCGGCGUCGAGCCCGAACGGCGGCAUCCGCCUGACGCUGGACAUGGCCAUCGGCGAGACCAGCGCGCUCGAGGGCACCGACAAGGAGAAGAUGCAGGACCUGGCCACGCGCGUGCGCGACCUCAACGCGCGCCUGAACGACAUCCGCCGCGAGCAGGUUUUCCAGAGGGAACGCGAAGCCGAAUUCCGCGACCAGUCCGAGAGCACCAACGCCCGCGUCGUCCGGUGGAUCCUGAUCCAGCUCACCGUGCUGGGCGUGACAUGCGCCUGGCAGCUGUCGCAUCUGCGGGCCUUCUUUAUCAAGCAGAAGCUCACAUGAGGAAGGCGGGGAGACUUUCCUGAUUUGUAGAAAAAAAGGAGAAGAGAAAGAAGGCAAGGGAGGGCUACGUUAAGAUAUCCCUCGUCGUGUCAUGUGUUCUCUCGGCGUACGGACGGUCGUUCCAUGCUGUCUUGAAGAUUAUCUGUUGUUGUAUGGAUUGGGUGCCUCGCUAAGUAAGGAUCGGACGCUGUGUCUUGUGGCCCAGACAGAGCUAGGCAGGAUUGUCACAUGGGAUUGGGAGCCGGGGUUUUUAGACGAAUUCGUAUGAUAGGUAUAUAUGCACGCGGUCAUGAUGAGCCUU